AUGGGUAAUCAAUGUUCAGCAAAGGAGAAUUCUUCAUCUGAGGCACCAAUAUCAAGAACUACACUAUCACGGAUCUCAGUUCAAGAUAAAUUGUUAAAAGAUAACAAUGCCUUUAUAAAUUCAUGCACUGAAACUUAUUUUAAAAAAUUUCACAAGAAAAUAGUGGAAAAUGACAUACAGGAAUUGUGCAAAAAUAUGAAUCAGAAAAAGCUGUUUGUAAAGAUAAAAGGCAAGUAUCCUGAUGAUGGGGAAUAAUAGAUAGUUUAUAAAAAGAUUUCUAAUGACAUGCAAUAAAAGGGGAAGCACCUUUACAAUUAGCUCAUUUUGCAUUAUAGUUAAUUUUUGAAUGAGCUUUUCGAAUUUCAAGAAGAAUUCCCUUUAAAAUCCAUGACUUCAUAUAAUUAUGGGGAUGUAAAGACCAGUACAUAACUUGUGAGAAAUGUUAGUUUCAAAAGAAGUUAGUCUGAGAAUUGUAGGGUUUAGCAACCAUCAUUGCCAGAUUAAAAUGUGACAUAAUAAUCAAUUAAUAAUUAAAAUAUUGCUAGGCAAUUUUUCGAGAAUAAACAAUUGGCAUACUUAUUUUUAGAAUAGUUAAGUUGCAUAUUUAAACUUUGUUCUACUAUUAUCGAAUACACUUAUGGCUCAUUCAUUUCUUCAGUAUUUGGCACUGAUAUUGACGCUUUUACAGAUCGGCAAUUAUUCGUUAACAAGAUAUAUCAAAAGGACAUUUUCAAAUCAAUACCUUAUAUGUCAUUAUUGCUCUCUAAUGCCUUACCAAUAGUUUACCAUAACAGAUCUGCUCUAAUUAGCAACGAUUGUGCAUCACCUCCCAUUUUAGACCAAAGUUUAAUGCCUUUAGUGACUGAAAACAUAUAGAGUGAGCAUUUCUUUGAUUUAUUGGAUUCAACCGAAUAAAAUAUAGGGCAGCAAUCAAUAUUCAAUGAAUAGAAUUGGAAUACUUAGCCUUAUUCAUAAACCUUUGCCUUAAUUCAUAACAUUAUCAAUUGCAAGAUGCCUUGGUUGAAAUUUAAACUGAUAGGCAAAUUAGAUAAGUUAAUUGUGGAGAUCUUUUUAUCAUCUCGAUCAAACAAUUAAAUCUCUCAGUUUAUAGACAUCAUUCAACCUGAAGAUUCUAAAAUUGAAGUUUUAAAAUAUAUAUUACAAAAAUACAUGAGUUCUAGCAAAAGUUAAAAUCUAUUGUUGUGCUAUUAUUAUUUAAGGUGGAUGCAGGAAUAUGAUUCAGUAAUACAUUAGAAAUUAAAAACAUUUACAUGUCCUUAUUUUGUUCGGUUUAUUUCAUUAUAUGAGGUGGCAUACAAUUAUAAUUAAAAAAGAUCACCAUUGCUUUUAUUUAAUUAAUGA